AUGCAAAGUAGGUGGAUGGGAGCACCGAUGAAGACAAGGAUAAGAACUGAAAAGUGUCCAGUUCAGCCCGGAGGUACUGAAUGUGGCUACUACAUGUUAAAGUUCAUUAAGGAGAUAGUUGAGGAAGGAAUUGAAGUAUUAGUCAAUGAUAAUGUCGGGGAUGGCAAAGUUCAGUACACAGAUGAUGAUAUUGAUGAAAUCCGUGAAGAACAGUUGUCUUUUGUUACAGGCUUCAUUUAUCGGUGA